UGUUCUGCAGCAGUGGCCUAGCCAUCCGUGUGCUGGGUGUGGAAACUCGCCAAGGGCUGGCUGGGUGGUGCCAGGUUUUGUGUUUGAUCGUCCUGUUGAGUGAGAAAACGUGUACCGGUGUGCGUUAGUGUGGUGCUAGCGUGCGUGUAGGGCAGGUGUAAACAAAAAGUGGCUACCUAAACAAAUGUUCGAUCAACAGCAAGCAGAAUCGUAGCGGCAACGGUGGAAACCACUUUGGGAUAAACCGGUGCUGGAGAGAUCGAGAGUGAGACAAUAAUAGAACGUGCACUAUUUUCCAAGGAAGUGAGAUUGUUGCCGGAUCGUCACCGUGCCGUCUGGGUGUGUACCGAUGGGAAGUGAAAAACGAACGAACCAUCCCGGAUCCAGGGCUGCCCGGCAGCCGUAGGUCACACUCAUUAGAGAUCGAUCCAGUCUGCAGCAGCCAGCAGCGAGUGGUGGUUUAGCCAACCACAAACACAGGAGAAAAAGGAAAAGUCCCAAAAGAGUACGCGAUCAUUGACCCCUGGGAAAAUCGAGCGACAACAACGGUGUGAAGGACGCUACACAUGCUUUUCGGUUUGGCGUUGGUGACGCGAUCAUCCUGCGGGCCGGAUCGCGAUGAAAGGAAGAUGAUACACUGGCAAAUAGCGGUGAACUGAAACCCUUGCUUCCCACCGUAUCGUGUGUGUGUGGCAAAGGCAGCCCAGUGAAGGUUCGCUCCAAUCGUCCGCUGCGUACUGUGCCAUAAAUCAGUUCUACAGUGCUGUUGGUUUACGAACGUAAUUAGCUGUAAAAUGUGCAAAACGACGUGAAGCGAACCAGCAAACGGGGCGCGAUCGUGCAGCAGUUCGUCAAGUCCCAGCGUGACGAUCGUAGGAAAUGAGCGGUGAAAGUGUGAUAGCAUCUGCACGACAGCUGCACAACAGUGUCUGUUGAGGUGCUAGGCAAACUGACAGCAAAAAGGCCAUGAUAGUGGUAGGGAAAGAGAUAAUCUUACAGUGGUAUACAUGCCAGGAAGCGAUCGGUGAAAUCCACCCCAUGCUGUUGGUGCACGACGUGUCCUAAGAUUUUGUUGAUCGUGAAUUACUCCAAAGUAUUGAACUGUGAUAAUUGUGCGUGUGGGUGCUGCAUUGGAUAGUCGAACCAAUCAGUUUACUGUCAAGUACUUCCGCGUGUCGUGAAAGUUUCUAUCCUUCAUUUAGCAAGGAUGCAGCUGUAUUGUAAAUCAUUAAUUUUAAACAUGAACCGUGGCGCGAGAAUUGGCCACCUCAGCAUGGCGCUAGGGAUCUGUUCGUUGGUGCUUGUAUUGUUGGCAACAUUUGCGGUAGAAGUCACGGCUAGUCACGAGGAGAUCGAAACGGACGCUACCGGCAGUGUGGCACACCGUGACGUACAGUCGGACUGGCCAAACUAUCAGUACCCGGAGCACGUGGAUCAGCAGCAGCAGCGUCGCAAUGGUCACCGGGCCGGGCACCAUAAUGGUCGCCGACGCCAUCACCAGUACCGGGCGACAAAGAAUCGGCGCGUCCGUACACCGCAGGAUGGGCGCGGGCGGGUAAAGAAGAGCGGAGCGGGCAGUGUGACGGGCAAUCUGCUGGCUCAGGACACCGUCGGGCAGCUACCGUUGGCCGAUCUUAGACAGACGCGCGAACGCAAACCCAACAUUAUCCUGAUCCUGACCGACGACCAGGACGUGGAGCUCGGCUCGCUGAACUUUAUGCCACGCACGCUGCGGCUGUUGCGCGAUGGUGGGGCUGAAUUUCGGCAUGCUUACACCACCACACCGAUGUGCUGCCCGGCACGGUCGUCCAUACUGACCGGUAUGUACGUGCACAACCACAUGGUGUUCACGAACAACGACAACUGUUCCAGCACCACCUGGCAGACUACGCACGAGACACAUUCGUUCGCGACCUUCCUCUCGAACGCUGGCUAUCGCACCGGGUACUUUGGGAAGUAUCUGAACAAGUACAACGGUUCCUACAUACCACCCGGGUGGCGCGAAUGGGGCGGAUUGAUAAUGAACUCGAAGUACUACAACUACAGCAUCAACAUGAACGGGCAGAAGAUAAAGCAUGGGUUCGAUUACGCGAAGGAUUACUAUCCGGAUCUGAUAGCGAAUGAUUCGAUCGCAUUUCUCCGGCAAUCGAAGCACCAGAACCAUCGGAAACCGGUGCUGCUGACGAUGAGCUUCCCGGCCCCGCACGGUCCGGAAGAUUCCGCACCCCAGUACAGUCAUCUGUUUUUCAACGUAACUACGCAUCACACACCGGCAUACGACCACGCACCCAACCCGGACAAGCAGUGGAUCCUGCGUGUAACGCAGCAAAUGGAACCAAUCCAUCGGAAGUUCACCGAUCUGCUGAUGACCAAGCGGCUGCAAACGCUGCAAAGUGUCGACGUUGCGGUGGAGCGUGUCUAUCAAGAGCUGAAGGCGCUCGGAGAGCUGGACAAUACCUACAUUAUCUACACGUCCGACCACGGCUACCAUCUCGGCCAGUUCGGACUGAUCAAGGGCAAAAGCUUUCCGUUCGAGUUUGAUGUGCGCGUACCGUUUCUUAUGCGCGGUCCAGGAAUCGAACCAGCGACGGUUGUCGAUGAGAUCGUGCUGAACGUCGAUUUGGCUCCUACGUUUCUGGAUAUUGGAGGUGUUGCGGCACCAUCCAACAUGGACGGCCGCAGUAUCCUUCCGCUCGUGCUGAAUCGACACCGUGCGGUGUUGGACAACUGGCCCGACACGUUUUUGAUCGAGAGCUCUGGUCGGCGGGAAACUCCGGAACAGAUCCAGGAACAGAAGCAACGUGCAGCAGCCGCACGGUACAGUGCGCGCACGAAUACGGUUCACGCCAACGGUACACACCCGAAGCUCGCCCCGGAAGUGUUGGUUGAGAGUCGCCACGCGUUCGGAGAAGGAUCGAGCAGUGCCUCAAGUGUGCUGCCGAGUGGAGGUAGUGAACGAAAAGAGCUAGAUUUUAGUUCGCACGAGCACGACGAUGAUGAGGAUGAGCAUGAUAUGGACGCAGAUGAUGAAGAUGAUCAUCUUGGAGUGGUUGAAAGUGAAACUGAAGCCAUUGAGCUGAAGCACAACGAACAUCCAGAGGAUUAUGUGAUCGACCAUCAGGAGGCUCAUGCAUUUGAUCAAGCACCACCUCAGCAUGACAAUCAUCAUCUGGACAAUCAUUUAACGCCCUACCGUACGAAGAUGGAUCGGCUAAACACGGAAUGUUCCAAUCCGGCACUCCAGCAAAACUGUGUACCCGGGCAGAAGUGGCAAUGCACGAGUGAAGAUGGGCGCUGGCGUAAGCACAAAUGUAAAUUCCACGGCCAGUUGCAGCAACAUUUGGCGGAGAUACACAAGAAAACUAACAGCCACACGGAUGGGCGUAAUUGUGCCUGCUUUACGCAGGAUAACUUUUUCUACACUAAGAUCAAAACGAAGCGUGAUCAUACGAAAUGGCAACCGAUGGGUACGGUACAGCCUACGGCGACGCAUCAGCCUAGGCGGCGGCGCACACGCCAGAAGCGAUCAGUAGCUCCCGAAGAAGGUGAUGAGGUGUUGCUGAUGGAUGCCGAGGGACCAACCAUGAAAUCGUUGAUACAGGUUGCAGCACGUCUCGAUACCCUAGAACGAUCUCUGUACGACGGUGAUCUUGAAGCUCAUGAACAGGAAGCUGGAGUGAGAACGAAACGUGACACAUCAUCACCCCACCCAUUAGCCGACGUGCUUCAGAGAUUGCAGCAAACGGUUUUGGAAAUUGAGCAAGAGUACGAGCAGACGGUUAAAACGGUGGAAGAUGAGCGCCAGAACGACACUACGAGCGAAGGCGUAGAAGCGUUUGGUGGUAUUGCAAAGCGAUGCUCUGUAAUUGCGGCCGAUAAAAUCAACUGUUCGAAUGUGAUGUAUGAGGAUGAGAUGAGUUGGCGACGAAGUCGUAUGAAGGUGGAUCAGCUGAUUCGCUUACUGAAGGAUAAGAUUAAUGCGCUGAAGGACAUCAAACGGAUGCUUCGUGAGCACAGACCAGCCGGCUAUCGGGGAGAAGAUUCGGAACCAGAGAACAUCGAAGACGAAGAUGAUGAGCCAGUCGAUAGUGCGGUGGAGGACGAACAUUCGACGAUUAGUACAACUUCAAGUACCACCGCUGCACCCGUUGCCACAGAGUCUUCGGAAGCAGUCGUCACUUCGGUUGGGAAUGGUUUACCCCGACGAAUACCCAACGGUGGAGUAGUACGUCGACCGACUGGAAAGUAUCACAAUGGGUACGGACAUCGUCGCAAGGUAUCGAAACCUACUCCUCCCCCGGUGAAAGAAGGAUCAGAAGAUGCAGAAGGGUCGUUGUUUGAUAUGAGUCUUUUCCAAACGGAUGUUCAACCGUCUCCAUCUGGUGCUUCCACUUACAAUCGUAGUGGUCAAAGCGGUGGCAGACAUCGAGGCACUGGUGGGCAACAACGUGGUCACCGAGGACGUCAUCGGGGAGAGUUUGGUGUCCCGUCUUCGGUGCCAACAUCUGCUGUGAGUUCCACCGAAUCUAUCACACUGAGCACUGAUAGACGAACUGCCUCAUCAACAGAAGUUAAUGAAGUGUCCGACAUCGUGCGAGAGAAUUCGUGGCCAACGACUGAAUCGAGUCGUGAAACAAUUAGCUCAAGUACUGUCGAAAUUGCCCAAAAUCAAUCGUACACCAGUGACGAACAGAACUCGCCAAAUGCCAUCGAUGCCACGGUGAUGUUAUCAAGUACGACGACGGAACAGGCUUCCGCUAGCUUCGAUGCGAAUACGGUAGAUAUCCGCAAUACUAUCGAUCGUCAAAAGACGAAAGGAAAGUCCAACAAUAAUGUGAUAAAUAAUACCCAAGACACGCACCAUACUGGUAAUUCGGUGCAACAGAACAUAAUUCCAACGUCUACAGUGGACGCUACUAACCCGCUUACUGAGUGCAUCUGUGCGGAAGAACCAGAAAGUCCAAUCGCAACGAUUGAUGAGAAGGAACUAGCCCGUGAAACUCGCCGACGGCUGAAAGAGGAACGCCAGCGGAAAAAGGAACGCAAACGCAUCAAGAAAGCCAAGAUGGAGAAGGAAUGUCUGUCCGAACGAAUGAACUGCUUCAGCCAUGACAGCAAUCACUGGCGUACAGAGCCCAUGUGGGACGACAAACCGUUCUGCUUCUGUAUGAACGCGAACAACAAUACGUACAGUUGUCUGCGCACGAUUAACCAGACGCACAACUUCCUGUACUGCGAGUUCACCACAGGACUCGUGACUUACUACAACUUAAGGAUAGAUCCUUUCGAGACGCAAAACCGGGAAUCAUCCCUCACGGCAGAGGAGAAGGCUGUUCUGCAUGAUACGCUGGAGGAGAUGAAGCGUUGCCGUGGUAAAUCUUGCACCCUACCGAGAUAUCCCCAUAACGCGCUUCCGGAGAGCAACAAUCUACCCACGGGUGUUGGUGGUUCUGUUGGAGGUGGAGUUGGGAUUGGAGGUCGUCAAACAGGCGGAAUGGCUUACGGAACCGGAGCGGGUGCUAAUAGACGAAGAUAUCAAAACCAUCGAGAUCAUAAUCCACAUGGAGCUGGUGCAUCGGGUAAUGUCGGAACAGCUGCACACUAUCCUGGAGAGUACGAAGGUGGUGUAAAUCAUGCUGGUGCAGGCAUUGCACCCGGACCGACUUCAAAGAAAAAGAACAAAAACUGGAAAAGAAAACAUCACCAACAACAGCAUAACCGGCGACAAUUUGUAGACCCCGCAGGAUCGCUGGCAGAGAGUGACUUCAUACCGGAACUCCUACUACCGAACGGUGCCGGAAGUGCAACCAAGCGUAACCGCACCAGCCGUCGACCCGUCUGGCGAUCAAUCUACAAGGAGUAAAUGUUGCUCUGGCAGUGUAAUAAAUGUGUGCAAUGUUUAACCGAUAUUAACGGGCGCUGGUUAGGAGAGAGAGAGAGAAGAAAAAAGAAACAAGUCACCAGUCCAUAAGCGUGUUUCCAUCGAAUGUUAUUAAAGCAGAUAUGGUCGUGAUAUAGUCAGCGAUCGCCAUUCCUUCAGCGAAACCAUGCGUUGAGUAAUCCUCCCCCCGGAAGGCAGGGCGAGCAUUUGUUUUCUGUUUAGUAUUUUAAUUUAGUGUUGGGUAUGUUUUUCUAAUCAGUGUUUAUAGUUGCCUUUCUGUUUAGUUAGCUAGCCCAUUAGCGGACGUUUUAGUGUGAUCCUCGUUUUUAGCCAUUUAACGAAGCGUAGAAUGCUGCUGUAUUAUAGCACGUUGAGAAAGCAUCGUUUGUUUGAUUGGACCCCGUGGCGGUACGGUUGCUUGUGCGCCCUCGGUCCUCACUGCCAUUCCAGUACAAUAUGCAACAAGGAAAGUGCCCGAAACCCGUAAAUUGUGUCGCUAAACGAAGCACCAUCAUACGAGACAGAUUGCCCAGCAUAUAUUCCAGGGAAAUUGCAAGAGCGGUUAGUGUGGUGCUUAGUUUACAGCGCAAUUCCGUUCCGUUCUGGCCGAUGACAUAUUCACAGAUAGUGUACAUUCUACAAGGAGGCUUUCGUAAAGUGUUUAUUGCCAAAAAAAGUAAAAAAAACACACAACAUUUCUAAACCACUGCUACAUUUUAACACACGUGCUGAACGUUUGACAGUAGUCAGGAUCCUUUCUUUUGGGAACAGGAAUGAAAAUCAUCCGACCUCAACACGGCCCAAACCAACCAUACGCUUUAGCCCAGUCUUUGUCGUUUUCGUUAGCUGUAAGUAGUUGCUAGUAAUUUAUCAUAUAUUGCAUAUGAGUUACAUUGAUUACAUUUUGCUAAUCAAACAAGCUGCACCCGGAGGUUAUAGAAAUUAUACGACAAACAAUUGAAUUAUCGAGUGCCUGUGGAGGGUUUUCCAAACUGAACGCACACAGACAUGCUAUACGCCAUUGAGAGGUAUAAAGGAAGGGAUCAUAUGGAAUUGAUGCAAGACGCAGCGUUUUAGUUUAUUCAGGGGUUUAGUUAUAUGCGAGAAGGGUUCUAUGCUUCGAAGCAAAAAUGGCACCUCAUAAUCCCUGGUCACGCAACACAAACGCCACAUAACAUGAGUAUUUAUUGCUUUAGAGAAUGUACUAAACUUAGAUGCCGCGAAUAGAAGCUUUACAGUGAAAUGGUACCGUUUUCAAGCAAAGCGAUGAACAGCGAAUAUUGGUAAUACUAAGCUAUUAAUUUAAUCACAUGACAAAAUGUGUAGGAGGCGAAUCCUUUAGAGUGUACUGCAGGCGCAGUAACAAACAGUAAUAUUAAACAGCAAUUGUACAGCAUUUUAGAAACGGUAUCAUGCUUAUCUGGCACACAUCCAAAACAUUCACGCUGGUGUGGCGUUCGUAGAAAGCUGAAAGGAAAACCACGACACGACUAGGCGCCGUCGCACAGCGGACAAACAAAUAAUCUCAACAGAUAUGAUAGUAGUGUUGUAUACAGACUUAUUGAACAAAGAAACCCCACUCGACAGUAUGUAGU